AGUAAAACCUGCUCUGGCUGGGUUGGCUGCUGUCGCUCGGAAAGUAAAGUGUUUCGCGUGUGCCUGGCGUCAGAGUUUUUGUUGUCUGUCCUUCACUUUGUGUGUCUGUUUUAACUCUAGCGUCAACGAUUAUAAACAUUUUAAAUCAAAGACACGGAUUUUUAUAUAUUUUAGAUCAAAUACUUUUCCGGAAACUGGCUGGCGGAUCUUCGAGAUGGAUAAGCUAACUGAUAGCUGACUUGCUAUCAAAGAUCACGGGUCAAGAAUAGGAUUCAAGCUAGCAUGCUAACGCCUAGCUCGUUUGUUAGCACUAAUACCUGUUCACUCAACAAAGUUGGGCCGUGUCGUCUUUUAUACUAGAUCAUAUUUUUUCUCUUGUGUACGUACGAGCCCAACUUUGCACAGGCCGGCGAACCCAGGAAGAAGGGACGGUGCACACAAGAAAUAACUGAAGGUGGCUCUUAGUAUCUGUCACAACAUGCUGUCCAAUGCACAGAACCAGCCACUGUUCCCCAACCCACAGGGCCAACCAAACCCCGCGGGUCAGCUCUUACAGUUCCACGUGAAACCCAGUUUACAGAUUAAGAAGAACGCCAUUACAGACGACUACAAGGUGACCAGCCAGGUGCUUGGCUUGGGAAUCAAUGGCAAGGUGUUGGAGAUAUUUCAGAAGAAGAGUGGGGACAAGUAUGCGCUCAAGAUGCUACAAGAUUGUGCCAAAGCCCGCAGGGAGGUGGAGCUUCACUGGAGGGCAUCCCCUUGUUCCAACAUUGUACGCAUCAUUGAUGUCUACGAGAACCUCUACCAGGGCCGAAAGUGUCUGCUCAUUGUCAUGGAGUGCAUGGAUGGAGGAGAGUUGUUCAGCAGAAUUCAAGACCGGGGGGACCAGGCUUUCACAGAAAGAGAGGCAUCUGAUAUAAUGAAGAGCAUUGGCGAGGCCAUUCAGUUCCUCCAUGCAAUCAAUAUUGCACACCGAGACGUUAAGCCUGAAAACCUACUUUAUACCUCCAAGAAGCCCAACGCACUGUUAAAACUCACAGACUUUGGCUUCGCCAAGGAGACCACCACACACAACUCCCUGGCCACGCCCUGCUACACGCCCUACUACGUGGCUCCUGAGGUGCUGGGCCCUGAGAAGUACGAUAAGUCCUGCGACAUGUGGUCAUUGGGGGUCAUCAUGUACAUCCUGCUGUGCGGGUACCCUCCGUUCUACUCCAACCACGGCCUGGCCAUCUCCCCCGGGAUGAAGAAGAGGAUCAGGAUGGGCCAGUACGAGUUCCCCAACCCAGAGUGGUCUGACGUGUCGGAGGAUGCCAAGCAGCUCAUCAGGACCCUGCUGAAGACCGAGCCCACACAGAGAAUGACUAUUACCGAGUUUAUGAACCACCCAUGGAUAAAUCAGUCCAUAGAGGUUCCCCAGACCCCGCUGCACACCAGCCGCGUGCUGAAGGAGGAGAAGGACGCCUGGGAGGAUGUCAAGGAGGAAAUGACCAGUGCCUUGGCGACCAUGAGGGUCGACUACGAGCAGAUCAAGAUCAAGACCAUCGAGGACGCCAGCAACCCGCUGCUGAAGAAGAGGAGGAUGAAGGCCAACAACGCCAUGGCGGACACACAGACACCGGCCCACUGAACCACGGCCUGCAUGCACGUGCGCACACAUGCACGCAGGGGCGAACUCACACUCGUGCAAAGAAAGGAAGCAAUAAUUAAUCCCACCAGAGGACGCGAGUUGCGAUGCAUGGAUUUUAAGUGUUUUUUUUAAUUCGUAUUCAUUUGAUUCUGUUUUUUUUUUUCCCUCCACGAGUUUAAAAGUUCUACUGUUUUGUAGGAAUGUUUUUGUUCUUAUUACACAAGCAUUUUAACCAAGCAACCACUCUGCCUUCACACAGAGGUUAUGUUGAUUAAAGGUUUUUACAGCAGUGCAGAGAUUAUGAAUCCUAGCAAUGGAGACGGGGGGGACGUCUUCUCUCCUGCCUUCUGUUUCAGGUUUUACUGAGAGAGGCUUGAACCAUAGAAUAGAGACGCAAAGCCUUAGAAAUAGAAGUUAGUUAAACCCCCCCUUCCCCACCCGACAAAAAAUUCAAAAAAAUGUACCUGUGAAUGUGUUAUAAAAUGGCUAUAUCCCAAAAAGUAAAGCAAGGGAAAGAUGUUUCUGAUGCAAACGUCUGCGAUGAUGGCAGACUUUAUUUUUUAAAUGACUAGAGGAAUGUAAAGCACUCUGUCCCUAAAACCUUCACUUGAAUGGAAUCUUUAUCGUUCUUCACCAGGGAAGUGUACGUCAAAUGGAUAGAUAUAUAUAUAUUUUUUUUUCUUCUUUUCCUCUUGUGAAUGUAGACCAGAGGCCUAUACAGACAAAGCGAACAUAUCCCAUAACGAUUUUUCCGGGCCACGUCGUACUCCUGACUAUGACUAAAACUCAAUGACAGCAUCCCGGGGAAUAUACUGGGGUGUUAGUUGAGACAGCGAGCCCCUUUUCCCCUCUGCCCCGCUCUGCUGCGGCCUGUGGUCAUCCGCCUCUCGGGUGAGUCAGUCGGAGGGCCGUGAUCCACAUGCCGUACGCGUGGGAGGAAGUUCCUACUGCGGCUUAUAGAGAAGUCGGAGGCAGGCCAAUACUGUACUUUUUGCGGGGGCUUUCUCUAAGGAGCUCCACACGCACUGUAGCAUGGACCUUAUUCAUUGUGGAUGUAAUUUAGCAACAAUGGACUUGAGACCUGUGCUCCUUUUUCUCAAUGGUGGGCCACAAGACAUUGACACAUGAUGAGACACUUCAGGGUGAUGCUACGCAGGUGUCGUAAACUCAAUUCACCUCUAGAACCCUCUAUUCUUUACUUUUUAUUUUUUGCUAAUAUUUUGAAGCACCAAUAGGGCGUUGAUGUGGGUUUGUAAGAGGCAGCAUCCAAAUAGGGAUUAGGGUACCACUUGACGUCCAUUUAGGGAUAAGGGUGCUACCCAACGUCCACUGGGGGAUUAGGCUGCCACCUGACGUCCACUGGGGGAUAGGGUGCCACCUGACGCCAGCUGGGGGAUUAGGGUGCCACCUGAUGUCCACGGGGGGAUUAGGGUGCUACCUGACGUCCACUGGGGGAGUAGGCUGCCACCUGAUGACCACUGGGGGAUUAGGGUGCCACCUGAUGUCCACUGGGGGAGUAGGGUCUCAACCUGACUUCCUUUAAUCUAACUGAGUCGUUGACCCUGGUUGAAGUGUUUGUUGCGUUUCAGUCUGUGCUCAGUGAGACUGCAAACUAACAGGAUUCUGUAUGUGUGUCCUUCUAAAGAUCAGUACCUUUUUAGUUGGACUGUGCCAGGCCUGAAGUAAAGUUUGCCCCUCUGGGCAGAAUUUUUUUUGACAUACCACCAGCAGUCUAUCGUUCAGACGUUGUGAACUCUCUGAAAUGUUCAGUUGACUUCCAUUUGUACAAUGGGUCUCUUACCACAGCUCACCACCAGGGAUAUUGGGAAAAUGAGUUGCAAUGUUGUCUUUGAUUUUAUUUUUUUCUUAUUUUCAACACAAAAAAAAUCACGUCCAUGUUUACUUUUUUUUGUUGUCACGUCUCACAAAUCUCACAGUAAAGAGAAUGUUCAUGGACUGUU